UGUAUAAUGGAGAUAAUUUCUCUUAUCGAACCAUCAUUUAUUAGAUUUUUUGUUAAAUUUAGACUACAGUUGUACAUUCUUUUACUUUCUCAAGCUCACUUUUGUAUAUUUGUUUCUUUAAUGUCUAAAGCCCUACCACAUACUUUUGGAAGAACCUGCACUUUUGAGAAAGGAUUCGAGGAGGAUUGCGCGUUGUGGAAUUUUGUUAAUUCAAAACAAUCUUAUCUACAAAUGCAUAAUAAUACAUAUUUUGAUAAUAAUAACACUUCAACAACAUUGUCUAUAUAUAAUUUCCGCAUUAUGGGUGGCCAUGACAUUAAUUCUAAUCAUUAUGCUUACUAUCGUUUUUCUAAUGAUAUGAACGAAUCUCAUGUUGCUAUGAUAGUUAGUCCAUUUUUUGCUCACACUGAUACACAAUGCGAAUUGCGUUUUCGGUUUAAUCUGAGAGCAGAUUCCAGGUCUGGAGCCGGGUUGUUAGUUACAACGGAGCAGUUGUCACUCAGACGUUCAUUUAGCAAUUCAAAAGAGUCGACCUCUAAUGGCAACCAAGCAAUGGAUGAGGAAGAUGAGGCAGAUUGGAUUCGGCCUAUAUUAAGGUAA